AUGGAGGCUUUUCGCGACCUGGGUCAGAGUGGGGGCUAUGCCUGGGGAGCUGCGGCCCUGGUUCAUAUGUAUGACCAAUUAGAUGAAACUUCUAGGACCACAACACGACAGAUUGGGGGGUACCUUACUUUAUUACAGUGCUGGAUCUAUGAGAAUUUUCCGAGUGUGCAUCAGUGUGUCACCAAUGAUGCGUAUGAGGAGACGUCCCCUCGUGCCUCCCGGUGGCUGACGAUGAAGGCUCAUAGGAAGGGAAUUACAGGAGCAUCGUAUCGUGUACGUUGUGAUGCUUUGACGGUCACAGACGUGUGUUGGUUGCCUUACAGUGACCAUCGAGGGGUUAGGGGGUUUGAGCUGAUUUUAUCGUUCCAAGGUCAGCUGAGAUGGGGUCCUACGGUGGUCACAAUUCGACCGGAGAAAGUGCUACACCAAUUUGGGUACAUUCAGAGCAUCCCUCCACCGUCUGUUAGCGCUUCGUUCUCAUAUGAUGAUAUAGAUGACAGGUGGAUCCAUUUCUCGGACCACGUAGUAGUUGUGGGUGACCUUUGUGUAGUGUCUGGGCAGGUAUAUGCGGAUUACAUGGAAUGGUUUUUCUAG